CUUAGGGUUGGUGCUGUAAAUGCAGCAUUUAGCUACCAUCAUGCUAAAGAGUUAGCCACGAAGCAAAGCAGUUUACAUGUAUUUAUGGCCAUGAGCCUCACUUUACUUUAUGCGGUGUGUUUAAUGAUUACAGGUGGUAUAAUUGGACACAAUAAUGUUUACAACAGCGUGAUUCCAGUAACAAGUGAAUGUGGAGGAUUUCAUAAACGUUGGCUAGCCAAAGCUAACUGUUUUGGCGAGCUACCUGCCAUAUUAUCUAUCCAUCUGCAAGAUAUCAGUCGAAGUCUCGUCGUGGGACACUAAAAAGGGAAAACCAUGGAUAAGGCGGAUUUCUUAAAGGGUCUCCCCGUUUACAACAAGAGCAACUUCAGUCGGUUCCAUGCAGACUCUGUGUGUAAAGCAUCGAACCGAAGACCGUCCGUGUACCUCCCGACACGUGAGUACCCCUCAGAACAGAUUAUUGUCACAGAGAAAACCAAUAUCCUCCUGCGCUACCUUCAUCAUCACUGGGACAAAAAGAACGCAGCAAAGAAGAGGGAACAGGAGCAAGGAGAGGGAGGGAGUCCAGCACCUCCACGCAAAAUCGCCAGGACAGAUAGCCAAGAGAUGAAUGAGGACUCUUAGGAGUGUGUGUGUGUACGGAUGCGUGCAUCUGUGGAGGAAGCACACGGACAGGCUCACCAUGACAGACAUGAAGACAAAACAAUCUGAGAAAGAGUCCGCCCUGGUUUGGGAAAGACACAUUUUAUUUAAUUUUUUGUUGUUGUUACCUCCAGUGUCCAGUGUUGUUUUCAGCUUCACUGCCCAGCCUUGGCCUCAUGGGGGCACUGCCCAGCCUUGGCCUCAUGGGGGCACUGCCCAGCCUUGGCCUCAUGGGGGCACUGCAACACCUUUCCACAGUUCGCUUCUGCAGACCCGAGUGAUUGUGAUUGUCAACUGCUGCCUGCCACAACCCGGCCACCACAACAGGGGAAGAAACUACCCCCACCUCCCGGACUUGUGUUAAUGUUCAAUAUGCAUUAUCUUCCAUGAUUCUGUUCUGAAUAUGUGUGUGUUUUGAAGUUUGUGCUGGCUUGUUUUACUGUACCAUUUUAGGAAUGGAUUCUUUCAUGUAUUGCCCCCUACUGGUCAAUCGGGAUAACAUGACAAGUGACUCAACAGCUUACUAGCUUAGUUUGAAUGUUUGCUGCUUUCUGCCAAUGUACGCUGUUAAAAAAGGUAUUAUAGAAUGACAAGACAAAUUGUUUUAGUCACCAGGUGUUGACUACUCACUUUACCAGAAUUGUUUGGAAUUUGUUUACACUGCAAUCCAUGUACCCAUUAUGUAUUUUUGUGAAGAUCUCAUCUUACCAGCACAACCAAGUGAUAGCAGAGGUAGAGCAAAGAAUGUCUAUGUCAAUAUGAGGGGUAGCGAGAGAAUGUUGUAUUCAGUAUGAAGACCUGUGUAAAUACUAUAGCCAGUGGCAGCUGUUAGAUAUUAAGAUCUAGGCUUUAUAUUUCUCUAAGGAAAAAUGACAUUGCAUCUGACUUUUGUCAAAUAAAUCUAUAUGUAGCUACAUAGCUAUAAUAAGUAUUUCAUGUGUAAAUGUUGAGAAGCACUGAUACCUAAUGGUUGCCUUGCAUGUCUGUUUUUGACAACUUCCUGGGGGGGGGGGGUUGUGUGAAGAUGAGGAUACAGGGAUAUGUACCACAGGAGGUUGGUGGCACCUUAAUUGGGGAGGAUGGGCUCUUGGUAAUGGCUGGAGCGGAAUCAGUGGAACGGUAUUAAGUACAUAAAACACGUGGUUUCCAUGUGUUUGAUGCCGUUCCAUUUGCUCCGUUCCCGGGCAUUAUUACAAGCCGUCCUCCCCUCGGCAGUCUCCUGUGGUAUGUAAGUAACAGACCACUGCCAUGGAUGAACAGAAAGGUGCAGUCGCCAUCCUGCCUUGUUCCAGAGGUUCAGCUUGUACCGGUGUUGUACUACUGUACAAUACUACACCGAAUUCUGGAGGUUAUUCAGAAUGCUGCAGAUAGAAAUGUAAUGAAAAGAGCUGACAUGAGUAGUAAUCUGCUCUAUAUUAUACAUUUCCUUGGACUUUUAUGUUGGACCCUUCUGAACAGGCCCCAGACCUUUGUUAAUGUUUACGCUGCCCAACAAAGUCACGGCAAGUCUAUUUUCCCCUCAGCUCCAGAUGCUGCAAUCGAUGUGAGUUUCCUACUGUACCUGCCAUUGAAGCGUAAAGCCAUGCUCUACUCUUCUGCUAGACUCGACUGUUCUGAAUAUCCACUCUAUGCUUCUGCUAGACGAGACUGUUCUGAAUAUCCACUCUAUGCUUCUGCUAGACUAGACUGUUCUGAAUAUCCACUCUAUGCUUCUGCUAGACUAGACUUCUGACUAUCUACUCUAUGCUUCUGCUAGACUAGACUGUUCUGAAUAUCCAUUCUAUGCUUCUGCUAGACUAGACUGUUCUGAAUAUCCACUCUAUGCUUCUGCUAGACUAGACUGUUCUGAAUAUCCACUCUAUGCUUCUGCUAGACUAGACUGUUCUGACUAUCCACUCUAUGCUUCUGCUAGACUAGACUGUUCUGAAUAUCCAUUCUAUGCUUCUGCUAGACUGUUCUGAAUAUCCAUUCUAUGCUUCUGCUAGACUAGACUGUUCUGAAUAUCCACUCUAUGCUUCACCCUGUUUUAUUGUAUAUUCGGUAAAACUUUAUUUUCAGCUUCGCUCCAAUAAAAGCAGUGAACAAAAAGUAA